UCCUAUAGCGCUCUGCUGAGGCUCUGACUGAACCGCGCACCGUCAGGAGGGGCGACCAUUCCUUGAAGCUCCCAUCCGGACGAGAGGGCCGCUGCAGCAUCCGCAAAGAAGGGAAAAUACCGUUUUUGUAAGGCUCGAUUUCGUUUGAAAGAAGGUGGAAUCGGACAGAACAUGUCUUAUCAAGGCAAAAAGAACAUCCCAAAGAUCACAAGCGACAGGCUUUUGAUCAAAGGCGGGAGGAUUGUGAACGAUGACCAGUCCUUCCAUGCUGAUAUCUACAUGGAAGAUGGCGUUAUUAAGCAGAUUGGCGACAACCUGAUUGUUCCAGGAGGCGUUAAAACCAUCGAGGCCAACGGGAAGAUGGUGAUCCCCGGCGGCAUCGACAUCCACACCCACUUCCAGAUGCCGUACCGUGGAACCACAACUGUGGACGACUUUGCUCAAGGAUCAAAGGCUGCCCUCGCCGGUGGCACAACCAUGAUCGUGGAUCACGUGAUCCCGGAGCCCGGCUGCAGCCUGAUAGAGGCCUACGACCAAUGGAGGCAAUGGGCCGACGAGAAGGCCUGCUGCGACUACUCCCUCCAUGUGGACGUCACCCACUGGAACGACAGCGUAAAACAGGAGUUGGAGAGUCUCAUAAAGGAGAAAGGUGUGAACUCGUUCCAGGUCUACAUGGCCUACAAGGAUUACUAUCAGAUGAGCAACAGUGAGCUCUAUGAGGUCUUCACCUUUUUGGCAGAGAGGGGAGGCAUUGCCCAGAUCCAUGCUGAAAACGGCGAGAUCAUCGCGAAGGAGCAAGCCCGGAUGCUGCAGACGGGCAUCACCGGACCGGAGGGGCAUGUGCUGAGCAGGCCAGAAGAGCUGGAGGCUGAGGCCGUUUUUCGAGCGGUAACCAUCGCCAGCCAAACCUACUGUCCGCUCUACGUAACCCGAGUCAUGAGUAAGAGCGCUGCCGACAUCAUCUCGCAGGCCCGGAAAAAAGGAAACGUGGUGUUUGGGGAGCCAAUCACAGCCAGUCUGGGGACUGAUGGGACACAUUACUGGAGCAAGAACUGGGCUAAAGCUGCUUCUUUUGUUACAUCGCCUCCUCUUAGCCCUGAUCCCACUACCCCAGACUAUCUGAACACACUUCUGGCAAGUGGAGACCUCAGCGUGACGGGCAGCGCUCACUGCACCUUUAGCGUGGCGCAGAAAGCCAUCGGCAAGGAUGACUUCACUCAGAUCCCGGAAGGUGUCAACGGAGUGGAGGAGAGGAUGGCGCUCAUCUGGGAUAAGGCUGUGACUACGGGGAAGAUGGAUGAGAACAUGUUUGUGGCCGUCACCAGCACUAAUGCCGCUAAGAUCCUGAACCUUUACCCUCGCAAGGGUCGGAUUGCUGUGGGCUCGGAUGCCGACCUGGUCAUCUGGGACACGGACUCUGUUCGCACAAUCACUGCCAAGACUCAUAACUCGGCGGCUGAGUACAACGUGUUUGAGGGCAUGGAGCUGCGUGGUGCCCCUCUGGUGGUGAUAUGCCAGGGGAAGAUAGUCCUGGAAGAUGGUAACCUUCAUGUCACCUCCGGAGUGGGCCGCUUCAUCCCGUGCUCCCCGUACCCUGACUUUGCCUACAAGCGCAUUAAAGCCAGGAAGCAGCUGGCUGUCCUGAGGGCCGUGCCCAGAGGAAUGUAUGAUGGCCCGGUUUCUGAGUUCUCCAUGUCCCGCGGUGGUACCCCUUCCGCCUCGGCACGCACCUCUCCCACCAAACAACCCGUCAGAAACCUGCACCAGUCUGGAUUCAGUCUAGCAGGUAACCCCAUAUCACCAGGCCCUCCCGCCCCAGAGGAUCUCCCCAUCAGGCCACCUGGCCGCCGUAUCGUAGUGCCCCCUGGUGGUCGUUCCAACAUCACAUCUCUCAGUUAGACAGCAGGAUGACCAAACACUUCGAGAAGAACAGCCACGGCGGACGACGGUGGGAGGGGUAGGGGUAGGGGUAGGGGGAGGGUUAGGGGUACAACGGACCGGGGUUAGUAAAAGUUUAAAGAGCAAAACACUGAAUCCUCAUGCCUUACCUGUCACAAUGCUACUAUGCUCGGAUGAGAAUUGUAUCCGUUUUCCUGGACAGCGCAGAGGGUGCUAGAAGGUGCCAACAAAGCACAUUACACUUGAACAAUGUCAGCCUCAGUUCAUAUCUUUGCAGAAUACUUUAUACCAACAAUAAAGCAAUGCUCUUCUGGUACGUAGAUAAUUGGUAGACACAACAGUAAAACGUUACAUCAUGAUAUUCAACCACAAAAAAGGAAAUAAAUGUUUUUUUUUUCAAGGGAAAAUGGAUACUGAUUUUCUAGGGAUUCUCCUUUUAACCUGCCUGGCUUUCAAUAUCACCCCCCUUUCAGUAGCUCGCUUUCUCCAUAAUCAGCAAGACUGAACAAUAGAUCCCACAUUAGCCAUGUUUUGUCACGCAGUACCAUUGAUUAGCUCUAGUUGGCAAUGUACAUAUGGUAGAUGUAAUGUAGCCUUGUGAAUGAUGUGGUUGCAAGCCUGUUUGGGUUUACCGGACCAAUUAAAAUACUUUGAUCACCUCUAAAAGCAGGAGGGCUGUUGGACAUGGAGCUGCAUGGGCCACAUUAAACAUGGGCGACGUGAUCCAUGAUCCUUUUCCACUUCCUCCUGUAAGGCGAUAUUUACCGUCCUCAUUACUGUACUGUAUUGAUGUUAAAAAAAAAAAGACAAUAAGACGUGUGCUUAAGAAAAACUCAACGAACACAAAAAGAAAGAGGUAACAGAAUUUUUUUUAAUUAUUAUUAUUCAUUCCCUUAAGGUUUGUCAGAUUUGAUUAUCUUGCGUUUCUUCCUUUUUUUUGUAUAAAAAAAAACAUUACAAGAAACCUUCCUCUGCAUUUGCUUCUGGUAGACUGGCUGCUUCUGCGAUCAUUUCAGCUAAACAGAAUGGUUAAACAGAACAGGCAGACAACGAAAAGUGCAUACUCUAAACUAAAAUGUCUUUUUUUUUAUUUCUGCUACUUACUGACGUUUCUUUUUUUUUUUAAUCUUUUACUUACUUGGCUCUCGUUUAAGGACAAGUACGCCAUCAUUCGCUUGUGAACCCACCGUAACCCUUUAAUGAAAUCCUUAACGCAAUCAACAGCAGCCGGAAAAUAACCCAGCCUAUUUUCUGAUAAGGCGGAGGAUUGUGUUGCCGUAAGGGAAGCUAUUCCUUUUAAGUUGCUCUUUAUUGUCGGACGAUUGAAACAAGAUAUAGUUUUUAUUUCGCAGACUAUGGCAGGCAUGAGAAGUGGGUGUUUUUUUUUUUUUGUAUUUAUGUUAGGAUGACAACCUUUUGUUUUUCCGUUGUUAUAUUCUUCUUUUUUUUUUUACCAUUGUGUCAGAAUUCUGAGAUGGCAGGUCAAUAAAAGGUGUGCUGGUAUGAAACGUUUCCUGAAUAAACAUGUGUUGCAGCUGA